AAAAAAACGAGAAACCCAUUUCUGAGGUCACAACUCCAGAAGAAAAACUGAGAGAGUUUGCUCGAAGAAGAAGAAGGAAAGAGCUUCUAUUAUCGCUGUUUAUAUUUUCUCGUAUGAUUCGAAACUCAUCCUCAUCAUUCGUUCCCAAUCAUAAUAUCAUACCAUUCUUUCUUAAUCUCCAAGCUCGUUUUCAAUUUCUUUUCUUUUUCGAAUUUGUUUCUUCUUCUCAGUACUGUUGAAAUCUCGAAGGUGUCUCUUCGGGUAAUACCUAAAUGGUGAUUGGUUACCAGAAAACCUAGAUGAGAUUUUGAGAGUAGGCGGAAAUUAGAGCCGUUUUCUGUUCAGUUUCUCGAGGGUUCCAUUUUCGGAUUUCGUGAGCUUCGGGGAUUGAAAAAUGGACAACGGCCAUGGGGAAAGACUUGCCGAGAGGUUUUCAGGACUGGAACUGAGAGAAUCCCAUGAAAACGAUCUUAAAAACGAUAGCUUGUUUCAGGUCAUUAAAGCUGUUGAAGCCGCAGAAGCCACAAUCAAGCAGCAGGUGGAGGAGAAUAACCUCUUAAAGUCUGAACUUCAGAGAAGAUAUCUGGAGCUUGCCAAAUAUAAAUCAGGUGAAUCCUUGCCUCAAACAUCUGAUCUAGGAGAUCACUCGAAUGCUACUACUAGCGGGUCUUCCCCGAUUCACCAGUCGGCCGCUGGUGUUAGUCCAGUUGAUCGGAAGAAGGGCAUGAUCAAUGCUUCGGGUGCUGAUUCAUCAGGUAUGCUAGUUGUUCACCAGCAUAGGCAUCCAAAUGGAGAGGCACCUACUGUGAGUAAUCGUUCUGAAGACCAUUCUGAUGGAAUCAUGACUAACGGAAAUGUAAGAGGAGGUGUAGGUGGUGGGGAAGCCUCUCAUGUGUCUUCUUCGCCAUCUACAAUAUCGCUCUCUCCUAUGAGACCACUAUUGGAAGGAGAUCGUGACUCACAAAUCAACUCGUCUACUCAUGAGUUGAUGCCCGUAGGUGAUGUAAAUAAUACGGGGAAUGCAUGGAAGCAGGAGCUCAUUCACAAGGUCCAAGAACAGGAACAAGAGAUUGUGCGGUUACGAAAAUAUCUUGCUGAUUAUUCUGUCAAGGAAGCCCAAAUACGCAAUGAAAAAUAUGUUUUGGAGAAGCGUAUCGCGCACAUGCGUUUGGCAUUUGAUCAACAACAGCAAGACCUUGUUGAUGCUGCAUCAAAGGCUCUCUCAUACAGACAAGAGAUCAUUGAGGAAAAUAUACGCCUAACAUAUGCCUUACAGGCUGCAGAGCAGGAGAGAUCGACAUUUGUAUCGUACUUGUUGCCUCUUCUAUCGGAAUAUUCGCUGCAUCCACAGCUCUCUGAUUCUCAGUCUAUUGUUAGCAAUGUGAAGGUUUUGUUUAGGCAUCUGCAGGAGAAGCUCCAUCUAACUGAGACAAAGCUAAAGGAGACAGAGUACCAAUUAGCACCUUGGCAGUCAGAUGUAAACCACUCAAAUGCGUCGCCUCUGUCACCAUAUCACCCUGUUGGUGUGGGUUCGAGAUACUCAACAGAUCCAGAACACCAACAUCAAGAUGGGCGUGGUGCCUCAGCUGUGAGUAAUUACCAUCUUGAUGGUCCUGAGAGCAGGUCACGAGCCUUUCAGACGCCAGUGCAACCAGCUCUUAAUCAAGGUGAAUCUCAUGGACCAAAUAACCGUGUUCAGUUUCGUGAGCCUCUCAGCAAUACUUUUAUGGAUGAUGCAUAUGCAGAAGUACAAGCAGAUACAAAUAAAACGUUGGAAAAUGCGAAUUAUGUAUCUGGGUUUGAUGAUCCAAGCCCCUCAAAUUACCCCAUUUUGGCCCCAGUUCUUGAAGAACCAUCUUCUUCAUUUUCCGAGGCUGCAGAUGAUGAUCCGUUGCCAGCUAUAGCAGACCUACAGAUAUCUGGAGAACCUUUUCCUGGACGGGAGCUUCAGGCUUCUGGUCACUCCAUCAAUGGAACGACAAAAUGUAAUUUUGAGUGGGUGCGGCAUCUGGAAGACGGAUCAGUGAAUUACAUUGAGGGAGCAAAGAAGCCAAAUUAUCUUGUCACUGCCGAUGAUGUUGAUUUAUACCUUGCUAUUGAAGUUCACCCCUUGGACGACAAGAACCGCAAGGGGGAGCUUGUGAGGGUCUUUGCCAAUGAGAAUUGCAAGAUUACUUGUCACCCAGAGAUGCAGAGCCAUAUAGAGAAGAGCCUUUAUAACAGUCAUGCUUUAUUCAAGGUCUCCUAUUCGAUUGGUUAUAUGGAUAUAUGGGAAGCAGCUACUUUGUCUAUUAAGAAAGAAGGCUACAGCAUCAAACCUAGUAAUGAUCCUGUAAUUACAGAAAAGUUCUCCUCUUCCACCGCUGUUAUGAUUCCCUUUGAUCAGCCUGCGGAUUUCGUGAUUAUUGGUCCUGAUGGCGUGGAGCAUCUCUUUCGGGUGGAUAACGAUGCACCAGAUCUUAGCUGCUCAAGAGAUACAAUUGUGCUCACCCUCAGAUUAUUUAUUAAGAAGGCUGUGCAGAGAAAGAAGGGCAAGAAAAAAGGGUUUUUGUUUAACAAAUAAGUUUUUGGUAAAUAAUUUUGUUGGCUCUUCUUUUUUCCCCUGGCCUUUCCAGCUCCACAAUUUUAGAGAUAGUCUUUGAACGAUUGAGAGUUAUCAUGUAAGUCUGCUGUAGCUGAUUAAAAUAUAUGUAUUCAAUCAAUUUCAGUAUAGGAAAAAAAGAGCAAAAAAUAAUAAUGGCCCUCUGUUCUUUUUUUGUUAUAAAACAUUGUGGAAAAUCCAUUCAUGUAGAGAAAAACCAAUCUUUUUACUUAUCAAAAUAAAGUCUAUUG